UGUGGCUGUGGUAACUAGUCCCAACCUCUACUAACUAGUUUACCAUAAUAAAGACAACUUGAGUGUCAAGAUAGGACAAGGCUGGUAAGGAUGGGUCAGUAUGUUGCUACACAUGAUAACUAGUUAUAACUAGCUAGCGUGCUGUUUUCAAGUGUGUUCACGCCAUCCAGAUGUCCACUGCGGAUGAUAACAUCGUACUACUACUAGUAACUAGCUAGCUCGGUCGCUCAACAACACCACUCUGCACGUCCAGCUAACGUUAGCGAGCUAGCGUCAUAACGGUUUGUUAGACAAUACAUUCAUUUUCUUAUCUUCUGUUAGCUAGCUAUAUCUGUUUGCUGAGUUUCGGUAGCCAAAGCAAACACUCACACACAGACAACGCCAAGACCGAUACGAUAGCUAGGGGCGUUAUGUCCUGCCUGGCCUAUUGCUAGCUUGUGAGUUUGCUAGUUUUGUAGUUAGCUAGCUUGAUGUUUUGCUGCACAAUAUCUUACUAUGGAGAACAACGGAGACCUGGACCUAAAUUGCCAUGCAACUGGGGACGUGCGACUUGAUAAGGCUAUUUACCAAUGGAUAACGUGGGAUAAGAAUCCACAGACCAGAGCUCAGAUAGAGGCCCUUUUGCUGGAUGGGCAAGUUGAGGAGCUGAGGCGUAGGCUCUGCUCCAGGAUGGCGUUUGGGACGGCAGGGCUGAGGGCAGCCAUGGGUGCAGGCUUUGCCCUCAUUAAUGAUCUGACCAUCAUCCAGUCCACACAGGGUAUGUACAAAUACCUGGCCAGGUCUUUCCCCGACUUCGGUAGCCGUGGCAUAGUGGUUGGAUACGACACGCGAGCGCAGGAGGCCAGUGGUUGCAACAGUGAACGACUUGCCCGGUUGACUGCAGCUGUGAUGCUUUGUAAAGAUAUUCCUGUGUUUCUUUUCUCCACAUAUGUCCCAACUCCCUUUGUGCCAUAUGCUGUAAAGAGGCUGGGCGCUGCAGCUGGUGUGAUGGUCACUGCCUCUCACAACCCUAAAGAGGACAAUGGAUACAAGGUUUACUGGCACAAUGGAGCUCAGAUCUCUUCUCCUAACGACAAGGAGAUCCUGAAGUGCAUUGAAGAGAGCUCAGAGCCAUGGAGCGAGUCCUGGAACGAGAGUUUGGCAGACAACAGUCCACUGAGGAGCGAUCCACUGAGGGAGAUAUCCAAAAAGUAUAUGGAGGACCUCAGCUCUGUUUGUUUCCACAGAGAACUCAACACCAAGUCCCCGUUGAAGUUCGUGCACUCGUCCUUUCACGGAGUAGGGCAUGACUACGUCCAGCAGGCUUUCCGGGCAUUUGGGUUCCCCCCUCCUAUCCCUGUGCCAGAACAGAAAGAUCCUGAUCCAAACUUCUCCACUGUCAGCUGUCCAAAUCCAGAGGAAGGAGAGUCUGUUUUGGAGCUCUCCCUUCGCCUUGCUGAGAGAGAGAAUGCCACGAUUGUCAUGGCAACUGAUCCAGAUGCAGAUCGGUUGGCUGUUGCAGAGCAAUCUGACAGGUGCCGAUGGAAAGUUUUCACAGGUAAUGAACUUGCAGCUCUGCUGGGCUGGUGGAUGCUGUUCAAUUGGAAGGAGACUCACCCAGACCCGGCUGAUAGGGAGAGGAUGUACAUGCUGGCCACCACCGUAUCCUCCAAGAUCCUCAAGGCCUUUGCACGGAUAGAGGGCUUCCAUUUUGAAGAAACAUUGCCUGGUUUCAAAUGGAUCGGAAAGAAAAUACACGAGUUGGCAAAAACGGGGAAUGAAGUGAUCUUCGCCUUUGAGGAGUCUAUAGGAUUCCUGUGCGGCAGCAUGGUCCCAGAUAAGGAUGGAGUGAGUGCAGCUGUGGUUGUGGCUGAGAUGGCCUCUUAUCUUUACAACAAGAACCUGACCCUUCAUCAGCAGCUAGAGAACAUCUUUGAAAUUUACGGUUAUCACAUUUCCACAACGUCAUAUGUCAUCUGCCACGACCCCACUACUGUCAAGAGAAUAUUCACACGUCUUCGGAACUUUGAGGGCGAGAACACUUACCCCAGAUCCUCGGGUGGACACAGCAUUGUGGACGUGAGAGAUGUGACUACAGGAUAUGAUAGUAGUCAACCUGACAAAUUUUGCGUGCUACCUAUGACAAAGAGCAGCCAAAUGAUCACCUUCACUCUGCAGAAUGGGAUCGUGGCCACACUAAGGACCAGUGGCACAGAGCCAAAGAUUAAGUUCUACACAGAAUUCUGUGCACCACCCGGAAAAAGUGACAUCUCAAGUCUUGAGGAGGAACUUAAGAAAGUAACAGAUACUCUCGUCGAGGAGUUUCUGGAGCCUGAUAAGAACAACUUGAUUCGCCGAUCAAUCUAGUUGGGCUUUUCAUCUCUAUACAGAUGCAUCGGUCGUAUUGUUGUACUAUCCUGCUUAUGUUCUAUUAAUGUUUUUCCUAACUGUGAAACCAAAAUGUACUUCAGACUAUUGCUUGUCUGGGUUUUUUCAUUUGGUGUGCAAGGUGGGUUACGUGGAUUAAUAUGCAGGAGUAGAAUUUGUAAACCAGAAUCUGUUUUUGUCACAUGAGGAUUUUCCAUUUAUCUCAAAUAAGUAGCCUAAGGUAUACACCAGGACAGUCUGUGCCGUUCCAUGAGACAAAAUCGCAAUGAGGUGAGAUGACAUGCAGCCCCCAGACAAGGUUUACUCAUGAAAAUGCCUCUUCUCCAUUGUAGUGCACAUACCCAUACCAGUCAUUUUGUUCCUAGUAGGCUGUGCUAAUAGGCACACCUAAUAGAUGUGUAUGUGGUAUAUGAACAGUACCUCUCACUUGUCGCAUGCUGCUUCUAAUCUAUGUACAGUUGAUAAACUGUACCCAAAGGCUAAGUAUUGUAAGGUAUGACAUUGCACAUGUACGUAAUGGAAAUGCCACUCCUGCCUCCCCAUCUGUUACAUUGCAUCAGUGAGCGUUACAGCUUCAAUCAUUUCAUAGUCUUAACACCUGUGCUCUGUAAGUACCCAUAUCAAAAUGGUAAUCCAGAAAGGAAGAAAUACACUACGUGGCCAAAAGUAUGUGGACACCCCUUAAAAUGUGUGGAUUUGGCUAUUUCUGCCACACCCGUUGCUGACAGGUGUAUAAAGUGGAGCACACAGCCAUGCAAUCUCCAUAGACAAAUAUUGGCAG